CUAAUUUGUAAAUAAAAAAGUUUGCUUCUAUUAUAGAGAAAUGCUAUUUUACCUCCAAAUAUAGAGGAAAAAAUAGCAAUCUCUAUUUUAUGGAAAGAAAUAGAGGUGGAUUUGAGUAGAUUUUACUCUAUUAUAGAGUAUAGAAGCAAAAAUAGUUUGGGGUUGGAAAUGCUCUUGCUACCGAACUCGAAAUGAAAUCAAAUCUAGAAAAGAUCCAAAUUUGAAAUAUUAUUAGUUAAACUAACCAAAACAAAUAAAACUUGAGUGCUCUACGAGUCUAAACCCAAAAAUCUGAAAACCAAUACAAUAUGAGGUUCUUACCUAAAGCAGCUUUGUACGUUUUUUAUGAAAAUAGGCCCAAACUUUCUAAAGCGACAACUUAAUACCAAAUGUUUAAGUUUACUGUGCAAUUUAUCUUGAUUCGGCUGUAAAAUUAAAAGGAAAAAAGUGACAGAGGUUGUUACACAAAUGCGGCACCGGCCGACAUGAACUUCUCCGGGGAAUAGACUUGUCAAAGCGCGUGCAAUGCACAGCAUAUCCACUGUUGUCUUCUACUCUCACUCAACAUAUAAAGUUAAAGGAAAAAGAAGAAGAAGCUGAAUAUAUAUUUCUUUUUGACUAAACAUAAGUUAGUUUCAAAUCGUAAAUCCCGCUCUGUUUGGUUCACACUUUUUGUCACUCCCCAAAACUCAAACCGAACAAAAAAAGCAAACAGAAAAGUUCAUUUCUUUAUACGUUACAAUCCGUUUAGUUUUGAGAACACUGACACAAUAGGCAUAGAAACCAUGAAGAUGAAGUCAUCGUCUUCUUCACUCUCAUUCGGCUCAAAGACUCAUUCUUUCGGCUGUAUCUCUCUGUUUCUUCAGAAACUUCUCUGUUCUGGUGCCAUUUCUACAUACCCGUCUGAUCAAAUCACUGAACCGUGUUUCGGGUCUCCUGAUUUUACGUCUGAACCAGCUAGAGUCAUAGGAGGUGAGCCAGGAGCUGUGGCGAGGCUCAUGGGUUUGGAGUCGCUUCCCGUAGCUGACAAAACCAGAGUCGUCUCAAGGAGCCGUUGGGUGAAUUCUGGUGAGAAUGUGAAGAGGGAUGACGAUGAGAUUCAAGGAAAGCAUAGAAGAGUAAAGUCCACUCUUGAGUAUGUUGAGCUCGAAGACGACAACUUCUUCAUUCUCAGCUUCGAGAAGGCUAGAAAUGAUAAGGCUUUUGGAGAGCUGAAGCAGCUGGGAACAAGAAAAUGCAAGAAGAGACGAGAAAGUAGAGAUCAUCAGAAUGAGGCAGAGAUUCAAACACGCAUAGAGGGCAAAGAGAACAUCAACGCCAUGAAGGUUUCACCAGGACGCGAGGAGACUGGAGAACUGAAGCAGCGUAUAAAGGAGAAACGUAAGAACAUGAGAAAAAGAAGAGAAAUUCAGUUGAGACAGAACAUCAAGAACUACGGUCGUUGGUCCAGAGAUGAAGAUUUAGUCAACCGUGAAGUGAAAUCAAUGAAGGAGGAAGAAGAGUGUAGAAGCUGCGAUGAUUCGAGCCCUGUUUCGGUUCUUGAUUAUGAUCGAGUAACUCCGGAACCAGAGAACACUUCCAGAAGACGGUUAUCUUCUCAACUCGAAUCUAGUAGGAGCAAAGAACCAGUUCAAGAAGAUCACACAUCAAGAGAGUCUGAAACCAGAGUCCAUGGCUACCAAGAGAUGUGGCACAUGAUUUGCAGACUCACUGUAUCUGAGCUUGAAGAGUCAAACUCGGUUUACAGAAAAGCUUCAAAGCUCGGAGAUUUGGAAGGAAGCAUAACCGAAGAUAUAGCCUCAAACAUCUUAGACCAACUCUUAGAAGAAACAAUUACAACACUUUCUCUAACUUCACAAGUGUAAAUAUAUUUUCUAUCUUCCAAUAACAACAUUUACUACUUAAAACA